AACUGAACAGUACAUUUACUUUCAAAUCUAGCGGCUGUUUGCGCGAGCAAUCUCCCAAGAAGAGCACCAAAACCCUCAAACCCCCAAACUCCAAAACUCAACCACACUCUCAGCUCCUCUCCCAUGUCUAAAACCCUUCUCUCUCGCAUCAAACCCCUUCACAACCCCAAACCCACUUCGUCGUCUUCUUCACCCUUUCUCUUCAGGCCCUCUAUCAAACUAGUCCAAGACACCAUCCGAAUCCUCGAAACCCAUGAACAAUGGGAGCAGUCCCUCGAAUCCCAUUUCUCCGAAUCCCAAGUCCUUGUUUCGGACAUUGCCCAUCACGUUUUAGACCGAAUAAAUGAUGUAGAAUUGGGUUUGAAGUUCUUCGAUUGGGCCUCAAAGCGGCCGUAUGGUUGUUCGUUUGAUGGGUCUGCGUAUUCUUCGCUUUUGAAGCUUUUGGCGAGGUUUAAAAUAUUUUCGGAGAUUGAAUUGGUGUUGAAGAGUAUGAAACUUGAAGAACUAAAGCCGACCCGUGAAGCAUUGAGCGCUUUAAUUCACGCGUAUGCGGAUUCUGGGUUGGUAGAUAAGGCUCUUGAAUUUUAUCAUAUCGUGGGUGAAAUGCAUAAUUGCGUGCCGGGUCUUUUCGCGUGUAAUUCUUUGCUUAGUGUCCUUGCGAAGCAUCGGAGAGCUGAAAUCGCGUGCCGGGUGUAUGAUGAAAUGCUUGAGAAUUCCUGUGUGGAUAAUUUUAGUACUUGCAUUAUGGUUGGGAGUUUGUGUAAGGAAGGGAAGGUCAAGGAAGGUUGGAAGUUGAUUGAAGAUAGGUGGGGGAAGGGUUGCGUGCCGGAUGUUGUGUUUUACAAUACACUCAUUGACGGGUAUUGCAAGAGAGGUGAUGUUGAAAGUGCCGAUGGGCUUUUUAAGAAGUUGAAAUUGAAAGGGUUCUUGCCUACCUUGGAAACUUACGGGGCCAUGAUCAAUGGAUUUUGCAAGAAAGGGAAAUUUGAAGCGAUUGAUCGACUUUUGGUAGAAAUGAAAGAGAGGGGUUUGAAUAUCAGUGUUCAAGUAUAUAAUACUAUAAUUGAUGCUCAGUAUAAGCAUGGUUGUGCAGUUGAAGUGGUGGAGACGAUGAGGAGGAUGAUUAAGAGUGGUUGUGAGCCGGAUAUUAUAACCUACAAUACUUUGAUUAAUGGUUCAUGUAGAGAGGGGAAGGUUAAGGAAGCUGAUAAAUUUCUGGAGCAGGCAAUGAAAAGGGGAUUAAUGCCAAACAAGUUUAGUUAUACUCCUCUUAUACAUGUUUAUUGCAGACAAGGGGAAUACUUCAGGGCCUCAGAUUUGCUUAUUAAGAUGAUGGAAGCAGGACACAAACCUGAUCUGGUUUCUUAUGGAGCUCUCAUCCAUGGACUUAUUGUUGCCAGGGAAGUUGACGUUGCAUUGACAAUGCGAGACAAAAUGAUGGAAAGGGGAGUACUACCUGAUGCUGGCAUUUACAAUGUCUUGAUGAGUGGACUCUGCAAGAAAGGCAGGCUUCCUGCUGCCAAGCGGCUGCUUGCCGAGAUGCUUGACCAAAAUGUGCAACCUGAUGAAUUCGUUUAUGCCACUUUGGUGGAUGGGUUCAUCAGAAAUGGUGAAAUUGAGGAGGCAAAGAAACUCUUUGAGCUCGCCAAUGAAAAGGAUAUAGACCCUGGUGUUGUGGGUUACAAUGCCAUGAUUAAAGGUUUCUGCAAAUUUGGAAUGAUGAAGGAUGCAUUGUCAUGCAUCCUUAGAAUGAGGAAAGGACGUCAUGCUCCAGAUGUCUUUACCUAUACCACACUUAUUGAUGGGUACGUAAAGCAGCAUGACUUGGAUGGUGCACUGAAGAUGUUUGGGCUGAUGGUGAAAGAGAGGUGCAAGCCAAAUGUGGUUACAUACACCUCCCUCAUCAAUGGGUUUUGCAGCAAGGGAGAUUCCGAUAGAGCUGAAAAAACUUUCAGAGAGAUGCAAUCUUGUGGUUUGGAGCCUAAUGUUGUCACAUACAGUAUACUUAUUGGGAGCUUUUGUAAAGCGUGUAAACUUGCAAAAGCGGCCUCCUUUUUUGAGCUGAUGCUGAUGAUGAAGUGCAUUCCUAAUGAUGUUACUUUUCAUUAUCUUGUAAAUGGGUUUGCAAAUACUGCACUCAGUGAAAUUCCCAAGGAAAGCAAUGGCCUUCAGGAGAAUGAGAAGUCUAUGUUUCUGGAUUUUUUUGGAAAGAUGACAUCAGAUGGAUGGGUGCAAAUAACUGCGGCAUAUAAUUCUAUUAUCAUUUGCCUUUGUCAACAUGGGAUGGUUAAAACUGCUUUGCAGUUGCAUGAUAAGAUGAUCAGUAAGGGGUUCCUUCUAGAUUCUGUUUCUUUUGCUGCCCUGCUACAUGGUAUUUGCUUGGAAGGAAGAUCAAAUGAAUGGAAUGCCAUUAUCUCCUGUAAUUUGACUGAAAAGGAGCUCCAAACUGCUGCCAAAUACUUGCAUAAAUUAAACCAAUACCUACCCCAAGGAAGGACUUCUGAGGCUUCACAUAUCAUUCAGGCCUUGAUUGAGGACUACAAGUCUAAUGACUCAUCCAAAGCCUCAAUGAUGUAGAGAAGUGGUAAAAUUUGAAUGCCUCAUCUCGUUCUUUUAAACAUACAAGGAAAUCACCUUUGGUUUGGCCUGACAAGUGUGGUGGACUAUACUGCACGCUAAUAUUCCCUUUAAUGAGAUAAUCUCCAAAUCCUUAUCAUCUCCUUCAUUAGAGCAUAUUUCAAUCACACCUGCUGGACAUCAGAGUGAUGAACCUAUUGUAAAUAGAUGCCCUUGAGGAUCGAUCUGAAUCGACAAGACUGUAUUCUAAAAUCUUGAUAGGCAGUUUGGAGCUAUUCAAGGACUGUCUUGUUCUAUUGAAGCAGUAACCUUAACGUAUCAAAACAAAUCUUUAUGUUAACAAGAUAUUGAAGCAAGCUUGACUUCACUUUGGAGCUAGUGUGUUUGAGGGAUUGGCUUGAAGAUGUUGAAGAAAAUCCGUAGAAUUCCUUAAUUAUUACUUGCCGAGGGAUUUUCUUGGAAAGCUUAGAGUAGCAGCUAUGAUGCACAGGAUUUGUGGGACUCUUGUACGACAAUGGUAUAUUAUCAGUGGAAGAUGAAGAAGCAGCAAUGCUUUGUAUACUAUUCCUUAUUUCUGAAGGCGUAUUUGAUAAUAGUGAAUUGAUCAACUUAUGGAUGGCAGAAGCCUAUAUUGAGCCUAUUGAGAACAAGAGUACAGAAGCUAUAGGAAGCAAGAUAUUUUGAUGAUUUGCUAAAGUCUAAAGAGGUUCUUCUUUGAAUGCUCAAGUGAUGACAAGACAAAAUAUUGGAUGGAUGAUCUUAUUCAUGACUUGCCACAGUCAGUUUCCAUUCCCCAUUGUUGCUGAGUUAAGGAUAAGAAAUCAAGUGGUAUCCUUAAAGAAUUUCAUUAUGCAUCUGGUUUUUUUUUUCCCAGUUGAGGAGCAUGCUCUGGAGAUAAUUGGAAGAUCAAAGAAGCUACGCAUGCUUUUAUUGCCUUUUAAACACUUGAAAGCCUACAGUCAGGCCCUGACAAAAUAUUCUAUUCACUUAGAUAUUUACAACUCCUUCAAAAUCAAUUGAAAAUUUGAAGCAGUUGCACUACCUUGACCUAUCAAAAACUGAAAUAAGAAAGCUACCAAAAUCGAUAUUCAGCCUCUAUAUCUUGGAGACAUUGAAACUCUUAGGUUGCCCUUGGCUUUUCAAAUUGCCCAGCAAGCUUGGAGCUUUAGUCAAACCUGAGACAUCUGGAGCUGGAUGAAAUGUUCUGGAACAAGAUCUCCAUGUUGCCACCAAUAAUGGGACAAUUAACCAGUCUGCACAAUUUGCAUAGUUUUCAAGUUGGCCACAUUCCUGGACAUGGAAUUGAGGAACUCAAGAACAUGGUUGUAUCUUAUGGGAACACUGAACAUCACAAAGCUUAAGAAUGCAUUGAAUCCUGGAGAGGCUAAACUGAAAGACAAAGAACUGGUACAGAAACUGGAAUACAAAUGGUGCAUUGGAGAUGUCAAUUGAAAGAUGAAGCAGCUGAAAACGAGGUAGUUGAAGACCUACAACCUCCCUUAAAUGUCAAAGAGCUCCUCAUUUGUCACUAUAGGAGAAUCAAAUUUCCCAACUUCGAUACUCAUCAAAAUUAAAAAAAAAAAAAAAGGAAAUCCCAACUCUGAUGAGAAAUGUAUUAGACCAGAUAUAUGUUUAUCAUCUGACAAAGAUAAAUCUGUCCAGAUUUAAUAGAUUUGCUUUAUCUUGUUAUCCUAUUAUCUCGGCCAGUUUAUCAUAUAGGAUUUAGAGAUAUUUUGAUAAUGCUGCCUACUUCAACCGUAGGUCAGUGAUGCUAUUUUAUACAUAAAAGAGUUAGUCCUUUAACAGGAUUGUACAAGCCUUACGUUAACCACUAGAGAAGUACUUUAGUAGAACUAUAACAAAUCAUCAGAGAUGUAAACCUACAGCUAUACAACUUCCUAAAGCUAUACAACUUGUACUAGUAGAUAACAAGAUAAACUGGCCUAGAUAAUAGGGUAACAAGAUAAAGCAAAUCUAUUAAAUCUGGACAGAUUUAAUAAAAUGGAUUUCUUAGGAAAUUUGGUCACUAUUUCCUUGAAUCAUUGCAUAAGAUCCAAAAUCUUAUCUGUUGGCAAGAAACCCAAACUUGCAGUACUCUGCCUUUAAAAUGUUCUGGAGUUAGAGGAAUGUUCAGAGGCGUGUUACCCAUCCCUCCAAAGGCUAAAGAUCAUUGACUGCACCAAGCUCAGGAUGUUGCCCUGCUUCUUUCCUAUGCUAGAAGUUCUGUAGAUCAAAAACUGUGAAUCAUGGGAUGCUAUUCCAUUAGCCCAACGGACAAACAUUAAACUUGUUGUUGACAAUCCUGUUCUAAAGCACUGGCAUGAAGAAGAGUCAGAUUUGCCUAUGAUGAUGGCUAAGAAGAAACUCAUUAACUGAGUUCUUCAGCCUUUCUCCUAGAAGUAAAAAUUAUCAAUUGCCCUUAAGCUGAAAGGCUAAGAAGAAACUCAUUAACUAAGUUUCUUUAUGUUGGGGACUGCCCUGGACUCCAGGCCUUGCCAGAGGAUUGUCUUUCACCCUCACUCUCAACAUUUUUCUAUACGAGGAUGUCCCUCACAGAUGGAGCAAAGUCAAAGAUGGAGAUUGGUCGAUGAUCAUGCACAUCCCUGAUCUGGAAAUCGAGGUAGCGUCCACUGAAAUUCCAUCAUCAUCAUCAUCUUCAUCAGCUUGGUGCUUUCUUUUUAGGAGUUGAAGAGGAAGAGCACAAGAAGCCCAUUAGGGCAUUAUUUUGAGCUCUCAAGCCAUGCCUCCCAAAGCUCGCCAAAGAAAAUUCUAGAACAUGAAGCAGAAAAUUGGCUUGGAAUUAAUACAUCAAUGCAUGGACUGGUUGGAAUUAAAGAGAGGUACGCCAAUUGAUUUUGAGCAUAACAUGGUGAGUAGUGAGACACUGUUGUGGAUUGGUUUAGAAUAGUGUGACACAACAGAGUUAUUACUGGGCUGCUGGGCAUGUCAUGGUAUUCUGGUUAGCUAUUCCAAGGCAGACAGAGUGUUGAACAAAAGUUGCAUUCUCUUGGCAUCAUUCCACAGGUUCGGUGUAGCUUUUGUGGACAAGGCGUGGAAGAUUUUGGGUUGCCUCUUCUUCUCUGAAUGCAUUUGGUAUUUCUUAUGUGAAAAGUGAAACUUGUUUUGGAUUCAGAAUGGGGGAGGAGGUUGGUUAUCAUUUGGAUGAUCCACAUCUUCAAAAGGAAGUCCUUUUUCUUUCUUUUUUCCUAGUCAAUACAGGAAAAGGGAAAAGGAUUACAGGAUACAGGAAAAGGGAAAAGGAUUACAGGCAAGCAGAUAGAAAAGAGAAAAAAGAGAGAAGAUGAGAAUUAUAAGGAUAAAACCCAAAAGAACCUUGAGUAGCUGCCCAUUUAGCCACUAAGUGAGCCCUGAAAUUUCCACUUUCUGUAAGAUUUUGAGAAGCUCUGUUUGGUUAACCUACCAAAAGCAGAGUAGUCGUUCUUAUUUAUAGCCAAAGACGCAGAGAUUCUUUUUCAAUGAGUUUAGAUAACUAAAGCAACAAAGACAGAAGGCUUUUCAUACAGAGGUACAGGUAACUACAAAGAAGGAAAAAAUGAAGAGACUUGAGCUGCUACUUCUUUACAUAAAACAUGGGUCUCAGUCGGCGCAAGUCAUGGGAGGAUGGGCUGCUGUUGAGAGGUGUUGACUGGCAUAAAACAUGGACGAUGGGCAGCUGUCAUGCAUGAAAGGAGUAGCUAUUGUGAGCUGAGAUUUAUCCUUUUAACACUUUACAAACAGGAAUCUGAGAUAGAAGAAGAAGAGUGUCUCUGAUUAUAGGAGCAAUCCUCCAAUCUACAAUGCUUUUUAAGAGCCAUGAUAGUAACAAGAGAGUCUCCCUCUAGAAUGAGCUUGUUGGCACCCAAAGAUAUGGCCAAUUUAGUUGCUACAAGUGUUGCAGUUGCCUCAGCAACAUUAACCACAGUACAGUUUAUCUUCAAGGAGCCAGCAGCUAAAAUUUGACCAGUAUCAUUGCAAACAUCAGCCGAAGCCACAGAGAACUUUGCUCUAAUAACAACGUCAAAUUUGCUUUUAAAGUGCAUGUAAAAGGAGCCUUCCAAAGAUGACUUUCAGCAUUUAAACCAUCCCAAGCUUGAAAAUGAGAGUUAACAUGUCUUA